AUAUGGUGUCUGAAAAUUCAGCCCUUCUGAAAAAAGCCCAUUUGACGCCUCCACAUUACCAAAUUUGCAAUUUUGAUGUUCUUCUUCCUUGUUCUGGUUGUGUUAAGGGGAAAUUACUCUUCCCCUUUGUCACUCUUUUGCUAUUCUUCUUCCUGCUAUGCUAAAACCUUCACCAAAAUCAUGGGUUUUUGGAAUCACCAUCUUAGGUUAUUGCCCCACAGAAAACACACUAGACUCAGAACAAUCUCUCUCUUUCUAUCUUCCUGCAGAUUCUUUACCACAUUGAAGAUCUUCAAUGGCGAAAAUGGGGAAACUGUUGAAGAAAUUUCAAAGCUUUUAAAGCAUAAUAACUGGAGCAUUUUAAUGGGGUCAUCAGACAUCAUUAAGAAGCUAAACCCUGAUGUUGUCCAAUCUGUUCUUCAUCAUAAUCAGUUUUCUGAUCCAAUUCGACUUCUGGGGUUCUUUAAUUGGUCGCAUUCUCAACUGGGUAUUCAUCACAAUUUGUUUUCCUUCUCAAUUUUAGCUGUUCUUCUUUGUAAUUCUAGCUGUUUUCCUCUUGCAAAUGGGGUUAUUGAAUGUUUGAUUGAUACCCGACCGCCUUCUUAUAUGGUGUUUGAUUCAUUGGCUAGUUGUGUGAGGGAAUAUAACAAGUGCGAUUCCAGUUCUGUGAUUUUUGAUAUAGUGAUUAAUGCUUAUAAGAAAAUGGGGCUCUUAAAAGAGGCUGCUGAUGUAUUCUUGUGUAUUAAAGACAAUGAUUUUUGUCCUAGUUUGGUUUGUUGCAAUUCUUUGUUGUCUGAUUUGCUGAAGAAGAAUAUGAUGGGUUUAUUUUGGAGGGUUUAUGAUAAAAUGUUAGCGGUUAAUCUUGUUCCUGACAUUUAUACUUAUACCAAUUUGAUUAGUGGUCUAUGUAAAGAAGGGAAGGUUGAGGAAGGUAAAAAUGUGAUUGUGGAAAUGGAAGAGAAAGGCAUUAUUCCUAAUUUAGUGACUUAUAAUGUACUUAUUAAUGGUUUGUGUAGAUCCAAGGCCCUAGAUGAAGCUUUGGAGCUUAAACGCUCCAUGGCCGAGAAGGGCCUAACUCCUGAUAGUUAUACUUAUUCGAUACUCAUUGAUGGAUUUUGUAAAAAUAAGAAGGCUUGGGAAGCAAAGUUGCUGUUGGCUGAAAUGGUGGGGAGGGGUUUGAAGCCUAACCAUGUUACUUACACUUCCUUGAUAGAUGGGUUCAUGAAGCAGGGUGAUGUGAUAGAGGCUCUCAAAAUUAAAGAUGAGAUGAUCGCUUGCGGAAUUAAGCUGAAUUUUGUGACAUAUGCUGCAUUAAUUAGUGGUGUAUGUAGGAUAGGUGACAUGGAGAAAGGAAAAGGUCUAUUGUUUGAGAUGAUUAGGUUAGGGUUAAGUCCUAGUUCCCAAAUAUACAGCUAUUUGAUUGAAGGUUAUUGUAGAGAAAAUAAAAUGGAGGCAGCCUAUGAGCUGCUUGCUGAGAUGAAGAGCAUGAAUUUUUCCCCUACAGCUUUCACAUUUAAUGCAAUUAUCAAUGCACUUUGUCAUGUUAGAAAUGUUCAGUGUGCUUAUAAUGUUCUACAAGAAAUGGUCGUUUGUGGUGUGAAACCAAAUGUGGUUACUUACACAACUUUAAUCAAGGGUUAUGUCCAUGGGGGUAACUUGGAGGAGGCAAUGAGAAUAUUUGAAGAGAUGAAGGAGAAAGGGACUUUACCUGAUGUUUUUUGCUACAACACUCUUGUAAUGGGCCUUUGCAAGGGUGGAAAAACAGGAGUAGCAAUUUCUUAUUUUGAUGAGAUGGUGGAGAGAGGAUUAAAGCCGGAUGCAUAUACUUAUGGUGCUUUAAUCCACGGAUAUUGCAAAGAUGGGGAAAUGAAAACUGCUAGUAGAUAUCUUGAAGUGAUGUCAAGGUGUGGUAUCAAACCAAAUGAUGUCGUCUAUGCAGCUUUUAUUGAUGGACAUUGCAAAGAAGGGAAUAUCGCGGAGGCCUUGUCGUCCUUUGAAGAUAUGCUGAGGCAGAAAGUACUCCCUGAUUUACUUGCCUACAGUGUGCUCAUCCACAGUCUCGCUAAGAAUGGAAAGAUGCAAGAAGCUUCACAGGCAUUCAUAGAACUUAGGGCUAAGUGUCUGGUGCCUGAUGUGUAUACUUACAGCUCUUUAAUCUCUGGAUAUUCUAAGCAAGGAGAUAUGAUAAAAGCUCUUGAACUGUUUGAAGAGAUGAAGAGGGAAGGUGUUCAUCCAAAUAUUGUCACUUACAAUAGUUUGAUUAAUGGACUGUGCAAAUUUGGUGAAGUAGAGAGGGCACAGGAACUCUUUUGCGAAGUCACCACAAAGGGGCUGGUACCAAACAGUGUGACUUAUGCUACUAUGAUAGAUGGCUAUUCCAAAUGUGGGAACUUAAAGGAGGCAUUUAGAUUGUUUGAUGAGAUGCAAUUAAAGGGCAUACCAUGUGAUAGCUUUGUCUACAAUGCCAUUAUUGAUGGUUGCUCCAGAAAAGGAGAUUUGGAGAAGGCUCUAUCCUUAUAUCAAGAAAUGCGGCACAAGGGUAUAGCUUCAAUACAUACUUUCAAUACUUUAAUUUAUGGGUUUUGCAAGUCAAAUCAGUCAGCUGAAGCAUUUAAACUCUUGCAAGACAUGAUUGAAAUGAAUAUUGCACCCACGAAUGUGACAUAUACCAUUUUGAUAGAUCAUCACUGCAAAUUGGGAAUGAUGGAAGAAGCUGAAGAUCUCUUCUAUGAGAUGCAAAAUAGAAAUUUAAAGCCAACUACCAUAACUUAUGCCUCCCUUUUAAACGGAUAUAAUAGAACAGGUAACGGGCUUAAGUUGAUUUCUCUUUUCAAUAACUUGUUGACCAGUGGAGUUAUGCCUGAUGAAGUUGUAUAUUCCCUAAUGGUGGACACUUAUCGUAGAGAAGGUAAUUGGAAAAGAGUCUUUCAGAUGAUGGAUGAAUUAUCACUUAAGGGUUUGACAUUGAAAGAAAAUGUAUGGGAUUCAUUAGUUGAAACCCUAAGUCAGAAGGAUCAAUUUUCUGAAGUCUUACAGCUACUUGAUGAUAUGGAACAGCAAGGUCUCAUGCUUAGUUCUAGUACUUGCAUGAAUUUAAUUCGUGCUUUGUGCCAAUCCAGACAUUCCGACAAAGCAGCUAAGGUUCUUGAUACUGUGAUUCAAUUUAGAUGGGUUCCCAACUGCACUAGCUUGAAUGAUUUCAAUCAGAUUCAUGACCAAGACAAUUUUCAGAGUUCUGAUAGCCUUUCAGGUCAAAGGGCAUUGAAUGUUGCUAAUCUGGUGUAAGGUGGUUUUAAAAUUGAAUCUUAUGCUUCCAGCAGGCUCUAUGCCUCUAUUCCAGGGGAUUUCGCACAAGUACAUGGAAGGUUUUGGAAAGGAUUACAUGUUUUCAUUGCACGUGGAGAAAGAUAGAGAAGAAGUACCCUUGUGGCCUUCAGCUGCAGGAUUUUGCUACACAGUUAAGAUUAUGUUCCUACAAUCAGCUCAUAUAUCUUGCUUAAAUGUUGCAAGUGUUCAAGUGGCUGAUUGAUCUACAUGUUGGGCAAGCAGUAACCAGUAGCUGCUUCUCCCAGAGAAAUCAAUGUACCACCCUUUCAUAAGCGCUAAGCAGUGGGAGGAAGUUACGAAAUCUUGUGCAAAUUGAAAGGCGCAAUUAUUUUACAAAGUAUACAUACCAAAUGGCCUUGGCAAGGGCUGGCCUAGGUAUGGAAACAGAUGGCAAUGAAACAGGAAGGGGGUGCUUCAAAAAGAGAUAAUUUGAUUCCUGCAAAUUUUUCGACAGGUUGACAUUCAAGAGUACAUGGCCAUUGUAUCAUACUGACACUAAAGUAAAGAAGUGGACUCACAUACUGUAACUGCUGAAAUGACUUCUGCAGUUGACAUAGAGCCACAGAAAAUUGAGCCUUUUUGCUCUGGAAUGCUCUCUUGCAAAAUUUUAUAGGCUGCCUGUAUUUUAAAUUACUACGUAUUUCUAAUUCAAUUACUUCAGGUAAAACGAUUUAUAUAUAUAUGUUCAUUUUUGUAGGGUAGCACAAUUUUGGUUAUAACAGCAUGAAUUUUGUAGUAAUGUAGUGAUCUAACAGAGCAGGCUGACGUUGCAAGCUGAAAAUUAUUACAAGUAUAUUCACUGAGUAAAUUGUAUAGAAAAUUGCACAUUAGCAUUUUUAAUUAGGCUUAUGACCUU